AUGAUUAAGACGAUCAAGCCAAAGAAUGCUCGUUCCAAGAGAGCUCUAGCUAAGAAGGAAGCCAAACUUGUUGAGAAUACAAAAUCAGCACUUUUUGUUCCUGGUUCGACGGGUAACAAAUUACUUCACGAUGCUAUGUGUGAUUUGAUGGCUCUAAAGAAGCCAUUUGCAAAGAAGUUUUCAAAAAAGAAUGAAAUAAGGCCAUUCGAAGAUGCCACUGAGUUGGAGUUUUUCGCUGAAAAGAAUGAUUCAUCGUUGAUGGUAUUUUCAUCACAUAAUAAAAAGAGGCCAAAUACGUUGGUGUUUACCAGAUUCUUCAACCAUAAAGUGUAUGACAUGAUUGAGUUAUCGAUACAAAACAACCUUAAGCUAUUGCAGGAUUUCAAAAAGCUUACAUUUACCAUUGGAUUGAAACCCAUGUUUGUCUUUAACGGUCCCGCAUUUGACAACCAUGCAAUCUAUCAGCAACUCAAAUCAAUGUUUUUGGAUUUUUACCGUGGUGAGGAGACAGAUUUACAAGAUGUUGCAGGUCUACAAUCUAUAAUAUCACUUUCAGUUGGGGAGAUUGAAGAUUCAAAUAAUGAGAAGGACUUGCCUAAUGUCCACUUCAGAGUUUACAGAUUGAAGACGUUUAAAUCGGGACAAAAAUUGCCUAGGGUUGAAUUGGAUGAAAUUGGACCAAGAUUCGACUUCAAGAUUGGUAGAAGAAGAACACCAGCGCCGGAGGUUGAAAAGGAAGCCCUCAAGAAACCAAAACAAUUAGAGGCAAAGACCAAGAAGAACAUAAGUACUGAUUUUAUGGGUGAUAAGGUUGCACAAAUACAUGUUGGUAAGCAAGAUUUGAGUAAGCUUCAAACUAGGAAGAUGAAGGGGUUGAAGGAGAAGUAUGAUAUCAGUGAAAGUGAGGAGGAAGGGGAAGGUGAUGAUGACGAGGUAUAUGUAUCUGAUGAAGAGUACUUUGCUGAUGAAGUAGAAGAGCCAGAAACUAAAAGGCAAAAGAUAUAG